AUGCCAGGUGUAUGUGAUGAAAUUAUUGACGAUAUAGAAGAUUUAAUAUCUUCGCAGGACAUUACACCGAAAGAAAGAUACGCCAGCAGGAAAAGUGUGAACGUGCGAUCAAGAAAACGUGACAACAAGAAUGAUUCUGAGCCCGCUGAAAAGGUUAUUUUGGAGAGUGUUGUACCAGGUACCCAAACUAUCUACGUAAAGACAUGGGGAUGUGCCCACAACAACUCAGACUCGGAAUACAUGGCCGGUUUGUUGGCCGCCAAUGGGUACAAGUUGACUGAAGAUAAGUUUGCUGCACAGCUGUGGCUGCUCAACUCCUGCACUGUCAAGAGCCCUUCUGAAGAUCAUUUCAAAAAUGAGAUAGAGCUGGGCCAGAGCAGAGGUAUACAUGUGGUAGUGGCUGGGUGUGUGCCGCAGGGAGCUCCCCGAGCCAACUACCUGACCGGACUCAGUGUCGUCGGAGUGCAGCAGAUUGACAGGAUUGUUGAAAUUGUAGAGGAAACACUUAAAGGCCACACAGUCCGUCUCUUUGGUCAGAAAAAGACUGGUGAGGGUAGAAAAGCAGGUGGUGCCUCCCUCCUUCUCCCAAAAGUGCGCAAGAAUCCGUUGAUAGAGAUCAUCCCUAUAAACACAGGAUGUUUGAACCAGUGCACAUAUUGUAAGACUAAGCAUGCAAGAGGAGAGCUCGGCAGCUACCCUCCUGAGGAGAUUGUGGAGAGAGCCAGACAGUCGUUUACUGAAGGAGUCUGUGAGAUAUGGCUGACUAGUGAGGAUACUGGCACAUAUGGCCGCGAUAUCGGCACAUCUCUACCCGAGUUGCUAUGGAAGCUGGUGGAAGUGAUCCCCGAGGGGUGUCGCCUGAGGCUGGGUAUGACCAACCCGCCCUACAUACUGGAACACCUCGCUGAAGUCGCCAAGAUCAUGCACCAUCCUAGAGUUUACAAGUUCCUCCACGUGCCAGUCCAGUCAGGCAGUGACCAGGUGCUGUCCGACAUGAAGCGGGAGUACACGAGAGCUGACUUCGAAAAGGUCGUCGACUUCCUUAGAGAAAGAGUGCCAGGUAUAACAAUAGCGACAGAUAUAAUCUGUGGGUUCCCUGGCGAGACCGAGGAAGACUUCGAAGACACGAUGAAGCUCUGUGACAAGUACAGGUUCCCUUCACUGUUCAUCAACCAGUUCUUUGCACGACCUGGUACACCCGCCGCUAAGAUGACUAAAGUCCCAACACAAGAAGUAAAAAAACGCACGAAGAAGCUGUCCGAGCUAUUCCGUUCAUAUGAACCGUAUGGCCACAAAGUGGGCGAGAUACAAGAAGUACUCGUCACAGACAUAUCACAUGACAAGAAUUACUUCGUGGCCCACAACGAAUACUAUGAGCAAGUAUUAGUGCCCAAAGAAGAAAAAUAUAUGGGAAAGAUGUUGACUGUGAAAAUUACUAGUGCGACCAAAUUCUCUAUGAUGGGAGAGCCCAUAGACAAACCCAAGAUGGCCGGUCUGACCGCGCCAUUGAAGAAGGGUGUAGUCUCUGGUGUCUCGGAGGUACAGACUGUCAAAAAUGGCGGCAAAGUGCCAAUACCACUGCCUAUCAUAAUGCUGAUUGUUGCUAUUGUUUUCAAACUGAUCUGGAUAUUUUUAUAA